AAAAAAAAAAAAAAAAAAACUAUUAAAGCGCGUCAACUCUUGUUUAUUAAGUUUUGGUGUUUAACUGAAAGUUAUAUUAUAAUUUUGUGAUUUUGUUUUACGUUUCAAAACGGUGAGAGUAGUGGAAGAACGUCAAAUGGCAGCUAUAGAUAUUAUUGCAUCACAUUUAAACGAUAUUCGUGUGCCAAACAGCAAUGCGAGAGUUUACAAGGAUGAGUGUGUACUUUCAUUCGAUACGCCUGAAACGGAAGGUGGACUUUAUGUGAGUUUGAAAACUUUUCUUGGCUUUGGGCGUGACUACGUUGAGUUGUACCAUCAACAGACUGGAAAUUCCGUCUUUCUGCACAUUGUCCGCACAAAACGAAAGAUACUGCCCGACCCGAAAGGCGAUGGUCCGGAGAAGAAGAUAACCAGGCUCGCGAUUGGCGUGGAAGGUGGUUUCGACCCAGACUUUGGAAAGAAGAAGUUUGAGUACGAGGAAUCAUACUCGCUUGUGGUGAUGCCGGGUUUCGUCAGCGUUCCGUGGCCGAAUGACAGUCUCCCAGACAUCGUCAGGAGCAGCGUGGUGGCGGUACUGGAGGCGAGGUCAGCGGCCAAGCUGGCGGAGAUGGAGGCCCUGGCCGGGACGUGGGACGGCGAAGCGCGCACGGUCACCAAGCACGCCAACAGUCUCCCGCAGCUGGACAACGGCAGGAGGAUCCCGCCGAGCGGGUGGAAGUGCGAGCGCUGCGACAUGGCCCAGAACCUGUGGUUGAACCUCACGGACGGCUCGAUCCUGUGCGGCCGCAAGUUCUACGACGGCAGCGGCGGGAACGACCACGCGGUGCACCACUACAAGAACACAGGAUUUCCCCUUGCGGUGAAGCUGGGCACGAUCACCAAGGACGGCAAGGCGGACGUGUACAGCUACGACGAAGAUGACAUGGUGGAAGACCCGAAUUUGAUCCAGCAUCUGGCACAUUUUGGGAUCAACAUCGCGAACAUGGAGAAGACGGAGAAGUCCAUGGUGGAGCUGGAGCUGGACCUGAACCAGAAGUACGGGGAGUGGGCCCUCAUGCAGGAGGACGGCAGCAAGCUGAGGCCCCUGUACGGCCCCGGCUAUACGGGGCUCGCCAACCUCGGCAACUCCUGCUACCUGAACAGCGUCAUGCAGGUGGUGUUCACCGUGCCGGACUUCCAGACCAGGUUCGUGGAGAAGGCGCCGGAGAUAUUCUCCGCCUUGCCGGCCGACCCGCCUUCGGACUUCAACGUGCAGAUGGCCAAGCUGGGGGUGGGACUGCUGUCGGGGCGCUACUCGCGGCCCCCGCCGGAGGGCGAGGAGGCGGACGACGACCGGAACGGCAUCUCCCCGCGCAUGUUCAAGGCCCUGAUUGGCCGCGGCCACCCGGACUUCUCCACCAAGAGCCAGCAGGACGCCCAGGAGUUCUUCCUGCACCUCGUCAACGUGCUCGAGCGAAACAGCCGUCACCAGUCGAAUCCGUCGGAGUGCUUCAAGUUCCGCGUGGAGGACCGCUUCCAGUGCGGGGAGUCGAAGAAGGUGAAGUACACGUACCGCACGGAGUACAGCCUGCCCCUGCCGAUACCCCUGGAGGCGGCCGUCAACAAGGACGAGGUCGCCGCGUACGAGAAGAGCGCGGAGAAGGACAGAGAGCGGGUCGUCAGGCCCCGGGUGACGCUUGCGUCGUGUCUGGAGGUGUUCUCUCGGGCGGACGUUGUCGAGCAGUUCUACAGCACCGCCAUUAACGGCAAGACCACGGCAAGGAAGACGACGCGGCUGGCCACGUUCCCCGAGUACCUGCUCAUCCACCUGAAGAAGUUCACGCUGCGGGAGGACUGGACGCCCGCGAAGCUGGACGUGGCGGUGGAGAUGCCCGACACGCUGGACCUGGGGGCCCUGCGGGGCCCGGGGCCGCAGCCCGGGGAGGAGCCCCUGCCCGAGCAGGCGGCGGGGGGACCCCCGCCCUCCCUCCCCGCGCUCGACCCCGCCCUGCUGCGGGAGUUGGCCGGCAUGGGCUUCCCGCCCGAGUCCUGCAAGAAGGCCGCCUACUUCGCGGGCGACCGGGGCGUGGAUGCGGCCACGGCGUGGCUCAUGGAGCACGUCGCCGACUCGGACUUCGCCGACCCCUUCGUCCCGCCCGGCGUGGACCUGAAGAAGCCCGGCUUCGUGCCGGACGAGGAGGCCCUGGCAGCCAUCGUGUCCAUGGGCUUCACGCGGCCCCAGGCCACCAAGGCGCUCAAGGCCACGGGCAACAACGUGGAGCGCGCGGCCGACUGGAUCUUCAGCCACCAGGCGGAGCUGGACGCGGAGGAGGAGGAGGCCCCGAGGGAGCCCGAGUUCCGGGACGGCAGCAGCGUGUACCAGCUGGUGGCGUUCAUCUCGCACAUGGGCACGUCGACCAGCGUGGGCCACUACGUCUGCCACAUCCUCCGCGACGGCCGCUGGGUCAUCUACAACGACGAGAAGGUCGCCCUGUCCGAGAACCCCCCGAAGGAGCUCGCCUACCUGUACCUCUACAAGAGGUUAUAGACGCUUCGCCCGCGCGGCCCCGCAUUUCCCAUCGAGCGCGUUCGCCGAUUACCAGCAGCUUCGCUUUGGUCGGCCAGCUGAUGCUGAAUAAUUCAUGGACUAUCAGCGUGUGCAACAUAUUAACAAUUUUUUUUUUAGAUAUCAGCGUGAUUAUUUUAACUGUAAAUUAAAUUUAUCUUUUGUGUGUGCUUGUGUUUUAGAUGGUUAUUUUUUGCUUAAAGGUAUAUGUUGGCAGUUCGUUCAUGUACCACAUAAUGUUUUUUCAUGUGAUCGUAAUCAUACUUAUCAUUACUACUAUGUAAAAUUCUAGAAUACGCAUGUUUUGAAAAUUGUUUUUGAAUUGGCCGUAAUGUAUAAACGUCUUGCAUACUUGCAGAAUGUUUUCCUUGUUUUCAUUUGCAAUGAUUUUUGUUUAGAAAGAUUGCAGUACUAA